GGCUCGUCAAAUACGACAUCAAAAAGCAAUGGAAAUGGUUAAAAAAGUACAAAUGCCACAAUGGGCUGGAAAAUUUGGAUUGGAAAAUUUUCAUCUACGACGAUGCAUUAGUGCUGAAGCAACAGAUUGGAAUAAACAUGAAACAUUUAAAGCAAAGAAUGUCCCAAUUAGCAUUUAUAUACCACCAUAUAAGCAUGAAAUUGAAGCACGUAAAAGAGCAAGUCGAAAAAUGGAACGAGCAGCUGAAUUAAUUCGAAUAAGUCGAGCACCACCAGGACUUGAGAAACAUGCAAUACAGUCAAAGAUACAAUAUCAUCUUCGACAUGGUAAAUAUUGCAUAGAUCAAGAACCAAAGCGUAAAAUUUGUUAUUCACGAAAUGUACCAAAUUUCAAAAAAUUACAUGAGCAAUUAUUAAAUAAAUUAGAAAAAGCAGCAGCAAAUCGUCCUGUAACUAUUGUGACACCAUUUUGCUUUCAAACUGAUCAACGAAUACAUAAUCAUAAAUGCAAUCAUGAGAAUUUAUUGCCACGAAUACAUCGUCGUAGUUAUUCAUUGGGUAAUUUACGAGAAUAUAAUGGACCUGGGAUACGUCUCAAUCAUGCAUCAUAUUUACGUAAUGAAGCUAAUCGGUCGGUAUUAACAAAUUGA